AUGAAGGAGUUCUUGCAAUCCCGCAUCACGUUCGAGGAUGUGAUUGCCAACACCCUGUCCGACUGGCUCACAUGGGUUGCAUCGGUCUCCGCUGUCAGCGCGGCAGUUGUAGCCAUUCGUCUGGAGAUUCUUGCAGCCAAGUGGAUGCAGAAGCGACAAAGUGCACGGCUGGGUGCGCCAGCGGAGGAGGCUGCGCAGGACCCCUUCGAGCAGGGUGCCAAGCAGCUGGUGAGCCUAGCCUUUGCGAAGAACGCGUGGCUCCUCAGGCUGUGGAGGUGGCUCGAAGUCUUAGUUGCGAUUUUGUGGCUGGGGUUCGCGAACUUGCUGGUUCGCUGGAUCUGGUGGCUGCCGGUGGUCCUCCUCUGCUACGUCGGCCCGGCAGCCAGGCACUACGGAGUCGGGAGUCUGCUCCAAGCCCCCGCGAAGGCCAUCAUGACCAACGACACAGCCUCACAGGUGGCCGGCUUCCUGCGCACUCUGAUCUUGACGUGUCUUUGUGGCGGAGUAUACUUCUCGGCAUUUGGCGACGCGUACUUGUUUUCCAUACAUUCCACGGUGGGCGCCUCCGAUUCCAUGCUGCUGAAUCCUGCCCUUGUGGACUGGUCGCGGAGCAAGUUCAAUGCGUGGGAUGGCAACCGGCUGCAUCAGCACUGGCUUUUCCAGUGGGCCCCUGACGGUGUUUCAGCAAUUGGUCUUUUUGAUCUGGCUCGGCACUCGUAUUUGGGCCUUCUGGGCUUCUACUUGCUCUGUCUGCUCUGCGCAGUCCUGAGCUCCUGCGCGCCCAGCUUGCGAGCGCGGAUUCGAAAGCGCAGAGUUGCUGAGGACGUGAAGCGCUGGGCCGUAAAAGAGUUGCUUCAGAGCACUCGCCCCCAAGAUUUCUGCACGGUGCACAAGAGUCUCAGGCCGGUGGUCGGUUUCUCGUGGCCUUGGCGGGCCGGGCUGUGGCAGGGCUUGGCCUUGCUGGUGCUGGAUGUUGGGCUUGACAUCAACACCAUCGUCACCUUGCUGGUCACGAAGCACCACCUCUUCGCUGCGGUGAUCAGCUUCCUGGUGGCUCGCAGUGUGCUGAAGCAGCUGUCUGCCCUCCCUCCUUGGCGUCUCCGCGAGGCGAUCAAAGACUCCUUGCGCACAGGCCUCAUGCGGAAGGACCUCUUGGACUUCAUCGAGGAGGAGCAACGCUCGGAGGCAUUUUUCUGCGGGUGCAUCACCGCCUACUCGCUUCUCUACUCAGCCCAGACGGCUGAUCAACUGCUUGUGCAGUUCUUGAGCCUCCUCCUGAGCACGUGGCUUUUUGCAGGCUAUGCUGUGCGAGUUUGUGACCUGGAGUUCAAGCUUGCGCCCGAUGACAUCCCGGCCAGUGAAGAAGCACCCAGAGCCGACACCGUGGGCGUCCGCAUCGAUGCAAUCGAAGAGGAGGAGCAGAGCCAGGCCGUGCAAAAACAAACGGUUGUCUUGUCACAAGGCUUGUGGUUCAUCUUGCAAUGUAUGUACGACCUUGCACAUGGGUAUGUUCGGACGUCGGAGUCGCUUUCUACGCAAGGCUUGCCAGCUGAGCAGCGUCCCGAGCACAGAAGUACAGAGAUGCCAGCGGUGCAGCUCAUGAGAUCGCCCCAUGCGAUUGCUUCCUUCGGCUACGUCCGGAGUGAGAAACCGACUCGAACAGCAGAGCUUCCCGGAGCCCCGGAGCCGAACCUCAUGGGCUCAGAAUCCGUAGAGGAGCCUCCGGCCAUCUCCACGGACAUGUUGGACGUUGGGAUUUUGGUGAUUGACAGCGCCGAAGCCGUCGACACAAAGGUGCGCCUUGUUCGCCAGGACCUUCGGAUGAGGUCUGCGUCUCUGAAGUUGCCACUGACCAUCGCGGAGGACCGUCCUGUUCCUGCAUGGAGCAGCGAGGAAAGCUCGAAUCCUGUCGACCUUGAGUCGAACUUGCAGGCUUGUGACCAGCAGGCGCCUUGGAUUGCGAAGCCCGGGGCCGCUGGAUGCCCAGCACAGCGCAGCCAUGGGGCGCCUGCCCAGGCCAUCUGGGUUGAGAAAGUGUUUCUGGUCUUCGAAGUCGUGGCAGUCAUGGCGGCGAGGUCGCGAUGCCUCAACACGGCCCCUCCCUCGGCUCGGUCAGGUCCGCCGCUUGUGUGCGACUCCGCCUUGCUCGGAGGAGCCCGCGUCACGGAAGUCGCGAACUUUCUUGUGCAUUUUGUGGCAUCUGGUGUUGAGAUCUUGGAGGGGUGGAUUUCCUCCGUGCUGAAGGCUUGGAGUUUCCUGGGCUCAGGAACCGCGGUGAAUGGAACGCCCUUGACCUUGGCAGCUCGACACUGGAACCGCACUGAAUGGAACGCCCUUGGCCUUGGCAGCUCGACAAGCCACCAGGAGGUGGUCCGCGUGCUGCUCAUCUCGCCCCCGACAUCGGGGCUUGACCUCGGCUCUUGUCGAGGCUGCGCAGCGUCGGCGCUCAGCUUGCGCCUGCGCUGGACACAGGAACCUCGUGAGUGGAACGCCCUGGGCGCCCACCAGGAGGUGGUCCGCCUGCUGCUCAAGGAGUGGCGGAAAGCUCAGCCCGGCGGGCCGAGACGCGGAGAGCUCGCAGCACGAAAUGUUCGGCAGGCUUGUGACCAGCAGGUCGCGGGAGAUGACUCAACACGGCACCUCCUUGACGAGUGCCUCGGCUCGGUCAGGUUUGAAGCAGCUUUCGGGGUGUCGCCUUGCACCCUAACCCCUGAACCCUACAAACCCUAA